AACACAGCUUUUCUCCUCAGGACUCACUAAAGCUGUUUGUGAUUUUGAAUAACAAAACGGAUUUUUAACAAUCAACUUCACACAAUUCACACAGCAGCUGAGAGGAGAAAAAAAGAAAUGAUGGAAAAUGUAAUUUAUCACGAGGACGAGGACGAGGACUCCAGCUUCAAUGACACCUACGAUUACGAUUAUGAACACAGUGUCUGCGACAAAGAGACGGUGCGCACCUUUGCCAGCUUCUACCUCCCGGUCGUCUAUGCCCUGGCUCUGGUGGUCGGUCUGGCCGGGAACGCCCUGGUCGUGGUGGUCUACACAUCCAAGCUGCGACUACGAACCCUGACAGACGUGUGCAUCCUUAACCUCGCCAUAUCCGACCUGCUGCUCCUCCUCACCCUCCCCUUCUGGGCGGCUGAUGCCGUCCAUGGAUGGAAGUUGGGUUCGGCCGCCUGCAAGAUCACCUCCUUCCUCUACAGUGCCAACUUCAGCUGUGGGAUGCUGCUGCUGGCGUGUAUCAGUGUGGAUCGCUACCGCGCCAUAACCCAAAGUCCAGCAGGCAGGACUGGGACAGGUGCCCGGCUAAGGAGGCAAUGGCUCCUGGUGUGUGUGGUGUUGUGGGCUGUGGCCAGCUUUCUUGGCCUUCCCGAACUUAUCUUCUCCACAGUGAAACACCAUCACAACCGGAUGGCCUGCACAGCCGUCUACCCCCACAGCAUGGCCAGACCGGCGAAGGCUGCCUUGGAGCUGCUGGAGGUGACACUUAGAUUCGUGCUGCCUUUCUUAGUCAUGGUGGUGUGCUACUGCUCGGUGGGCCGGAUCCUGAGCCGGGCGGCCGGGGUACGAAGAGACAGGAAGUGGCGCAGCCUGCGAGUCCUGCUGGCUGUGGUGGCCGUGUUCCUGCUCACCCAGCUGCCCUACAACGUGGUCAAGCUGUGCCGAGCGAUGGACAUCAUCUACAUUGUGACCGACUGCGAUGUCAGCAAGGGCCUGGACCAUGCUCUCCAGGUGACAGAGAGCCUGGCACUGACCCACGCCUGCAUCAACCCUCUCCUCUACGCCUUCCUCGGCUCCUCCUUCAGGGUUCACGUCCUCAAGACGGCCAAGCACCUUGGACAGAGGCUUAAGAAAACCACAAGACGCGUGAGAGAGGAGCCGGCAGUGGAGAUUUCACUCAACACGUGCAAUCCAACGCAUUCCCAGUCUGGUUCAGAGGACCCAGACACAAGCACCUUCAGUAUUUAAAGCAACACUAUGUUACUUUUACUGAGCAAUUAAGGGAUUUUCAUGUUGAGAAAAAACAAAGCCUAUCAAUCUAUUGACUACGCACUGAACUGAAACACAGCUUAUGCCCUGAUCCCCGGCUUCCUGAACCUGAAGAGCUUCUGCUGUAACAAUUCCACCAAACUCUGUUGAAAAUUCUUGAUAUUUGAAAAGUUUCCUCGCUGA